AUGUUCCAUCACGGUCCGCACCAAGUAGGCGAGCGCCGGGGGUGGGGCGGGGCCGGGACGGGAAACCUGUCGGGAAAGCUGUUCCGUCCGGGUAAAACAACUGACCGGCCCGGUCGUUUGCGGGGAACCCCCGUUUGGGUAUGCGUUUCCGUAAAGUUUAUCAGCAGCGAUCCUUCAAUUCUCGGCCUGUUUAAAGCCCAUUCAGAUAAUCCUCCACCACCUAACCCAGGACAGCGGUUGCAGCACAACCCUUUAGAGUUAUCGACCGGCCCGCAUGACGCUGCUUAUCUGCGUAUCUCCAUGUUGGGGUGGCUGACAGAUAAACCGGGGAAGCACCAACUACCGAUAACCACGAUAAGCCUUUACUGGCUCGCAGUAGGUCUACGAAUCGAACUGUCCAACAUGGCUGCCAAUACCAGGCCCAUCGACUCAUCCCCAGACUCGACACCCGCGGUCUCUAGCACGUCUCCAGUGCUCUCUUCAAACACCAUGGCAACUACACAGACAAAGGACGACACCAAGAUCCCCGAGACGACUAGCUAUCCCGAAGCGACUGACCAUGCCGCCGGCACCAGCUACGUGUACGAUGAGGGCGCCGUCGAGAACGUCGACGAGGCCUACCUCCGGGCCUCCAAGUCGACGAAGUUCUACAGAGGCGUGUUGUUCCAGAUGAUCCUUUUUGGAGCGCUGUCCUUCGUCGGUCCUGCCAUGUCGGACGCCAUCUCUAACCUCGGGGGUGGUGGUCUCUCGACACCAUACUUGGCCAACUUGGCGACUGCCCUCAGCUAUAUGGCCGGCUGUCUGAUCACCGUAUUUGGCGGACCUCUGAUCAACAAGAUUGGAAUCAAGUGGUCUUGUAUGAUCGCCGCCGUCACCAUGCCUCUUGCUGGUUCGGCCUACUAUGUGAGCGCAAAGUACUCGAUAGACUGGUAUCUUCUCUUUGCAAGACUCCUUGGGGGGUUCACAUCUGGUUUUCUCUACGUCGCCGAGACGGCUGCCAUGCUGUCGUAUCCGGAAGCAGACGACAGAGGUUUCUACCUGGGUAUCUGGUCUGCCAUGAGAAACUCUGGCAGUGUCAUGGGAGGCGCCAUCAACUUCUCGACCAACUACUCCAAGGCCAAUGCUGGUGGUAUCGCGUGGUCCACUUACUUGAUCUUCGUCGGCUUCGAAUGCACUGGAACGAUCUGGGCUCUCCUCCUAUCUCCCACCAGACGCGUACGACGUCGUAACGGCGCAAAGAUCCCCAUGGCCAGCAGCAUCAGCUGGAAGAGAGAACUCAUUGCGUUGUGGAGACACUUGCAGCGCCCAAAGACAUGGCUCAUGUCCAUCCCGGCCUUCUACUCCUUCUUCUUUGGCGGAACCAUGGGCACCUAUCUCUCCCUGCACUUCUCCGUCCGGGCCCGCGCACUUUCGUCGCUGAUUACUCCGGCAAUCACCAUUGUCAUGGUCCUCGCCUACGGAAAACUCUUGGACACGUCCCGCUGGUCACAAGCCCGGCGAGCGUGGAUCUCUUUCUUCUUCUGGGUCAUCCCCCAGGCCAUGUGCUUCAUCUGGAUCGGCAUCGAGUACAGCAAGUUCGGCGGAGGCAAAAUCGAGGAGGCCCUCGACUACGAGUUGCACACCAGAAGAUGGGCCGAAGCUUACCUUCCCUAUCUGAUCAUGUUUUCAACCGGUUACUGGACCCAAUUGUCUCUCUACUGGAUUCUCGGCACCUUCUCCACGGACGUUGGAUCCUCUUCCCGCUCGGGUGGUCUGUUCCGCGCUUUUGAGACGGCCGGCCAGGCCGUCUCGUACGCUCUCAACUCCAAGACCAGCGCCGACCCUAGAAUUCCUUUCUAUGUUAAUGCUGCACUGAUGGCUAUCACUAUUCCUUGCAUGGUAUUCCUCAUCAGGCUGGUUCCGGAGGCGCCUGCUUCAACGGACAUAGAUGCGGGAGAUGUUGUUGAAGAUCAGGCAGAACGGGACCCUGAUAACAAAUAG